CCUGAAUUCAACUCUCUCUCUCUCUCUCUCUCUCUCUCUCUCUCUCUCUCCCCCCUCCAGAAAAUGCUAGCUCGCGUGGCUGCCAAUCGUCUCGCCGGAAUCCGUCAAAGUUUCCGUCAGACAUCGCGAUGCUUCUCCACUGCCCUCAACUAUCAUAUUGAUACCCCAGAUAACAGUCCCGAUCUUCCAUGGGAAUUCUCUGAGGCAAACAAAAAGAAGGUUGCAGAGAUAAUAUCCCACUAUCCCUCCAACUAUAAACAAUCUGCAGUCAUUCCUUUGUUAGAUCUUGCACAACAGCAGCAUGGAGGAUGGCUUCCUGUUUCUGCAAUGAAUGCGGUAGCUAAGGUUAUAGAGGUUGCUCCUAUCCGUGUGUAUGAGGUUGCAACAUUUUAUUCAAUGUUCAAUCGAGCCAAGGUGGGCAAGUACCACUUAUUAGUUUGUGGCACUACUCCAUGUAUGAUUCGUGGCUCUCGAGAAAUUGAAGAUACUUUAUUGAAACAUUUGGGAGUGAAGCGCAACGAAGUAACAAAGGAUGGUUUGUUCUCUGUUGGAGAAAUGGAAUGCAUGGGAUGUUGUGUUAACGCUCCAAUGAUUACAGUCGCAGAUUACUCGAACGGAUCUGAAGGAUACACCUACAAUUACUAUGAAGAUGUCACUCCUAAACGCAUCGUUGAGAUAGUAGAGAUGUUGAGAAGGGGGGAGAAACCACCGCAUGGAACACAAAACCCUGGACGCAUACGGUGUGGACCAGAAGGAGGAAACACGACCUUGCUAAGCGACCCAAAACCACCACCAUGCCGGGACCUCGAUGCUUGCUAAAAAACCCUCCAUGUACUUCCUCCAAUAAUGCAAAUCUGGACUGUAAUCGAUCCAAGCUUCCAUAGAUGGUUUGGUUCUUAUUAUUUUGUCAAAUUCUCAACCACUCCCAGAGAAAAGAAAAAAUGUUUUAUUUCAAUUUUACUGCCUGAAUGGAUUCUGAUUCUGGUGGAUUUUUCUAAUAACACACGAUGCUUCGUUUUUGGACUUUGUA